GCACCUACGCCAUUCCUACUAGGCCUCUAUCUAUAGUCGUUCAUUAAUCAUUUCUAAAAGCUCUCCGCAGCAGUACAAAGUAUCGGGAUUACUAUGCGAUGAUACCUAUCAUUGCUAUUCACUCUAGUCUAUCGUGAUCGUUCAGCAUGAGGACGUUUACUUAACAUCUUCAAACCCUCCCGCUCUUGUAUUGAAAUCCCAUCAGACUCGGCUAAUAGCAUGCCACCUGCGACUUAGGUUCGAGUUAUAAUAGACUGUUCACAUACAAUCUUCCCAACGUUCUUACCGCACGCAAGUAAUGCCUUGUACACUGCCGCUCGUCAAUGUUACUAUCGACGAUCAGAGCCCCUCUUUGUUUUAUUCUGACCUCUGGGAGGUCGGUGGGAGUUCGUGCCCAAGUUGCGCCGCAGUACCUAAUGCGUCGCAGGCUAUCUACGGAACAUGGCAUGAUUCCACACAUUAUGCAGACAACGAAACUAAUCCUUAUCCGACACCCAACGUAUCUGCAUCAUUCAACGGCACGGCCAUCUAUGCGAUAUGUAUCCUCACUAGAGCCGCAGCAUGGAAUUCAGAUAUGAGCUUCUACAUCGAUGGCGACUUUGUUGGCGAAUUCGUGAAAACUCCUCCCGGAGAACUAGGCUACGAUUAUAAUUACACCGUGUAUUCCAAUACUUCUAUCCCCCCUGGUCAACACAGAUUCACACUCCAGAACGGACGUGUCGGCGCACCAAUGCGAACAUUAACACUUUUCGAUGCUAUCGUGUACUCCUACGACGAUGGUCAACCUGACCACAACAACUCGGAUAUUGGUACUACCACCACAGACACGUCCACAGUAAGCCCGAACACGGGCUUCAUCGUUGGACUCGCUCUUGCUGGGGUUCUUGCCAUGUUUUGGGGUGUCAUUGCCUUUAUUCUAUAUCGGCGACAAAGGAGACACAGUUCGGAACCCAACCACUCGCACCCUCCGAUAACGCCUUUCGUUUCGGCUGAUCCUCAUACACAAACUGCUGCUGUAUCCUCUAUCAGCAAUCCUGGCAACUGCCGGCCAAAGCCUGACACCCGGAGACAGGACCAUUGUACCACCCUGUCUCCACAUCGUCUAGAUGUUGACCCUUCAUGUACCAGAGAAGCGCCACCAUUGUACGAGCCUAUGGCUGACUAGGCCCUCUGGCGUGGAGAACUAAUAGAGGAGAUCGUCACGGGC